ACGCCGGCGUCAGGAGCCGGCGCAGUGCGGGGUCUGUGUGUUGGCCUAGGUCCGAUCUUGUGAAUCAUUAUUGAUGUCACAACGCGGAAGUGGCCCUGUCAGUUUCAGAGUGAAACUCUUUCCGUCUGGGCAACUCUUCAUCCUGGGGGCGAGAGAGAGAACGUUUGUUCACUUGAGCAACUGGAGUGAAUCCAGGGAGGGAGCAAACUCAGAGUAUUUGAAGAUAGAAGUUUCAAAUCAACAGAUGAAGGACUUAUGCCCAAAAUAUCAACUCUCCUGCUCCUCAGAUGCUGCCUGACCUGAUGUGCUUUUCCAACACACUUCUCGACUCACUGUACAGCAUCUGCAAUCCUCGCUUUGACAUCAAUAUCUGACAGUCACUCAAUCCAUCAGGACCUCAGCUAUUUUCAACUUAGAUUCUGUGAGAAGGAGCAAAGCUUUUUGGUUCCUGUUUCAGUACAUUUUCAGCAUCAGUGGGACUGGAUGAGAGACCCUACUAUUGAACCGCACUGAGUGUGGAGCCUGGAAGAGUGAUACGGCCUGGAACGAGGAAUUUACGGUGGGGAGGGGCUAUACACAUGUUUAUGUGCAGCUGAAGCUUUGGCCAUGGAGAAUCCCGAGGAAUCUCGCCCUGUGGAGAAACCGUGGAAGUGUGGCAACUGUGGAAAAGGCUUCCGUGUACCGUCUGCCCUGGAGAUUCAUCAGCGCAGUCACACCAGGGAGAGGCCAUUCUCCUGCACGGAGUGCAGGAAGGGCUUUACCCAGGCCUCCAUCCUGUUGAGGCACCAGCAGGUCCACACAGGAGAGAGGCCAUUCUCCUGCCCCGAGUGCAGGAAAGGCUUUACCCAGGCCUCCUCCAUGCUGAGGCACCAGCAGCGCCACAAGGAGGAGAGGCCAUUCAGGUGCCCAGAGUGUAGGAAGGACUUUACUCGGGCCUCCAUCUUGCUGACCCACCAGCGGGUCCACACAAGAGAGAGGCCAUUCCCUUGCCCCGAAUGCAGGAAGGCCUUCAGCAAUUCCUCCCACCUUCUGACCCACCAGCAUGUCCACACGCGGGAGAGGCCCUUCAGCUGUCCCGAGUUUGGGAAGGGAUUCAGUCAAGUGGGCACCUUGCGGAAGCACCAGCUGCUCCACACUGGGGAGAGGCCCUUCAGCUGCCCCGAGUGCUGGAAAGCUUUCAGCGAUUCCUCUGCCCUGCUGAGGCAUCAGCUGGUCCACACAGGGGAGUGGCCUUUCAGGUGCCCCGAGUGCGGGAAGGGCUUUAGCGAUUCCUCUAAUCUCCAGACCCACCACCGGAUCCACACGGGGGAGAGGCCCUUCAGUUGUCCCAAGUGCGGGAAGGCCUUCAGCGAUUCCUCUAAUCUUCAGACUCACUGGCGGGUUCACACGGGGGAUAGGUCCUUCAGUUGCCUCGAGUGCAGGAAGGCCUUCACCUGCUCCUCUCUCCUGCGGAGGCACCAGCGAGUUCAUUUGCCAUCGCAGGGGGUUGAAGGAAUGACGCGGGUUCACACGUGGGAGAGGCCGUUCCCCUGCACCGUGUGCGGGAAGGCUUUUACCAAUUCCUCCAACCUGCUGAACCACCAGUGGGUCCACACGGGCGAGAAGCCCUUCACCUGCCCUCAGUGUGGGAAGGGUUUCACCCACUCCUUCAACCUGCGGAGCCAUCAGCGAGUUCACGUCUUCCCUUCACUCGAAGACUGUGGCCUCGGUUCCUCGUCUCUUCUGUCAAUGGAAGCAUCUUCCAACAUCCACUCUGCCGAGGCCAUUCAGUGUUCGAGCUUUGGCCAUGGAGAUACCGGAGGAAUCCUGCCCCAUGGAGAAACCAUGGAAGUGUGGAGACUGCGGGAAAGGCUGUUCCUCUGCACAGAGUGCGGGAAGGCCUUCAGCGAGUUAUUCGUUCUGCUGAGGCACCAGUGGGUCCACGCCAGGGAGAGGCCUUCUGCUGCUCAGAGUGCAGAGGGAUCAACGCUUUUUGGUUCCUGUUUUGAGGACGUUUUCAGCAUCAGGUGGGACUGGACGAGAGACCCCACUGUUGUAGCGCACUGUGUGUGGAGCCUGAAACAGUUAUGCGGCCUGGGAAGGGGAUUUCACGGCAGGGAGAGGCUCUACACGUGUGCAGCUGAAGCUGUGGCCAUGGAGAAACCUGAGGAAUCCCACCCUGUGGAGAAACCGUGGAAGUGUGGUGACUGCGGAAAAGGCUUCCGUGUCCCGUCUGCCCUGGAGACUCAUCGGCGCAGUCACACCGGGGAGAGGCCAUUCCCCUGCAUCGACUGCGGGAAGGCCUUCAAACAUUCCUCCCACCUGCUGGCCCACCAGCAGGACCACACGGGGGAAAGGCCCUUCAGCUGCCCCGAGUGCAGAAAGGCCUUUACCAACACCUCCUCCCUGAUGAGGCACGAGCGGAUCCACACCGGGGAGAGGCCCUUCAGCUGCCCCGAGUGUGGAAAGGCGUUUACCAACACCUUCUCCCUGAUGAGGCACCAGCGGAUCCACACCGGGGAAAAGCCCUUCAGCUGCCCCGAGUGCGGGAAGGCCUUCAGGUAUUCCUCCAACCUGCAGAGCCACCGGCGCAUCCACACGGGGCAGAGGCCCUUCAGCUGCCCCGAGUGCGGGAUGGCGUUUACCCACGUCUCGGCCCUGCGGAGCCACCAGCGGAUCCAUACAGGGGAGAGGCCCUUCAGUUGCCCAGAGUGUGGCAAGGCCUUUACCCACGUCUCUGCCCUGCGGUGCCACCAGCGUGUCCACACUGGGGAGAGGCCCUUCAGCUGCCACGAGUGCGGGAAGGCCUUUACCGACAUGUCCUCCCUGAUGAGGCACCAGCGUGUCCACACCGGGGAGAGGCCCUUUAGCUGCCCCGAGUGCAGGAAGGCCUUUACCGACGUGUCCUCCCUGAUGAGGCACCAGCGGGUCCACACCGGGGAGAGGCCCUUUAGCUGCUCUCAGUGCGGGAAGACCUUUACCGACGUGUCCUCCCUGAUGAGGCACCAGCGGGUCCACACGGGGGAGAAGCCCUUUAGCUGCCCCGAGUGCGGGAAGGCCUUUACCGACGUGUCCUCCCUGAUGAGGCACCACCGGAUCCACACCGGGGAGAGGCCCUUUACCUGCUCUCAGUGCGGGAAGGCCUUCAGCGAUUCCUCCCACCUGCUGAUCCACCAGCGUGUCCACACGGGGGAGAGACCGUUCACCUGCUCUCAGUGCGGGAAGGGCUUCACCUGCUCCUCCAACCUGCAGAGCCACCAGCGGAUCCACACGGGGGAGAGGCCCUUCAGCUGCCCCGAGUGUGGGAAGGUCUUUCGCGAUUCCUCCAUCCUGCUGAGGCACCAGCGGAUCCACACCGGGGAGAGGCCGUUCAUCUGCUCUCAGUGCGGGAAGGGCUUCACCUACUCCUCCCAACUGCGGAGGCACCAGCGAGUUCACGUGGCUCGCGCUCUCGUGGGGGUGGGGGGCGAGGCUCAGCGGGCGGUGCGGCGCGUCGAGCCUGGAGGUGCGCGGCUGUGUGGGCGGGUGCGCGUGGUUUUGAGUCGCACGUGGACCGAGGCGGGGUUUGGGGCGCGAGGGGGAAAAGAGUUUUGGGUCCCAGAGACGGGGCUUUGUCUCGAAGGGGCGGGGUUUACGUGCAGCGGUCGAAGGGACGGGAUUGACGUGUUGCGUUCGGAAUGGCGGGGUUUACGAGCUGUUUUCGGAAGGGGCGGGGUUUACGUGUCGCAUUGGCGCCGGAGGGGGCGGGGCCAUCCCGAAGCCGGAAGUGUGUCCGCGGCCUUUUCCUCCGCUGGAGCCUCGGCUGCAGCAAGUAAGGACUGGACGAGAGACCCCACUGUUGCAGUGCACUGUGCGUGGAACCUGAAACAGUUAUACGGCCUGGGAAGGGGAUUUCACGGCAGGAAGAGGCUCUACACGUGUUUGUGUGCAGCUGAAGCUGUGGCCAUGGAGAAACCUGAGGAAUCCCGCCCUGUGGAGGAACCGUGGAAGUGUGGGGACUGUGGGAAAGGCUUCCUUGUCCCGUCUGCCCUGGAGACUCAUCGGCGCAGUCACACCGGGGAGAGGCCAUUCCCCUGCACCGACUGCGGGAAGGCCUUCAGACAUUGCUCCCACCUGCUGGCCCACCAGCGGGGCCACACGGGGGAAAGGUCCUUCAGCUGCCCAGAGUGCGGAAAGGCCUUCAUGUUUUUCUCCGCCCUGUUGGCCCAUCGGCGGAUCCACACGGGGGAGAGGCCCUUCAGCUGCCCAGAGUGCGGAAAGGCCUUUACCCAGGCCUCCACCCUGUUGAGGCACCAGCGUGUCCACACCGGGGAAAGGCCCUUCAGUUGCCCCGAGUGCGGGAAGGCCUUCAGCGAUUCCUCCACCCUGCGGAGCCACCAGCAUGUCCACACAGGGGAGAGGCCCUUCAGCUGCUCUCAGUGCGGGAAGGCUUUUACCCACGUUUCCUCCCUGAUGACCCACCAGCGUAUCCACACGGGGGAGAGGCCAUUCAUCUGCUCUCAGUGCGGGAAGGGCUUCACCUACUCCUUCAACCUCCAGACCCACCAGCGGGUCCACACCGGUGAGAGGCCCUUCAGCUGCCCAGAGUGCGGGAAGGCCUUUACCCAGGCCUCCACCCUGCUGAGGCACCAGCGGGUCCACACCGGGGAGAGGCCCUUCAGCUGCCCCGAGUGCGGGAAGGCCUUCAGCCAUUCCUCCGCCCUGCUGACUCACCAGCAUGUCCACACGGGGGAGAGCCCUUUCAGCUGCCCAGAGUGCGGGAAGGCCUUUACCCAGGCCUCCACCCUGCUGAGGCACCAGCGUGUCCACACGGGGGAAAGGCCCUUCAGCUGCCCUGAGUGCGGGAAGGCCUUCAGCGAUUCCACCACCCUGCGGAAUCACCAGCGGGUCCACACCGGGGAGAGGCCGUUCACCUGCUCUCAGUGCGGGAAGGGCUUCAUCUGCUCCUCCAACCUGCGGAGACAUCAGCAUGUCCACACAGGGGAGAAGCCCUUCAGCUGCCCCGAGUGUGGGAAGGCCUUCAGUAAUUCCUCCGCCCUGCUGACCCACCAGCGGGUCCACACUGGGGAGAGGCCGUUCACCUGCCCUCAGUGCGGGAAGGGCUUCACCUGCUCCUCCACCCUGCGGAGCCACCAGCGGAUCCACACGGGGGAGAGACCCUUCAGCUGCGCUCAGUGUGGGAAGGGCUUCACCUGCUCCUCCCACCUCCUGACCCACCAGCGGGUCCACACUGGGGAGAGGCCGUUCACAUGCUCUCAGUGCGGGAAGGGCUUCACCUGCUCCUCCACCCUGCAGACCCACCAGCGGGUCCACACGGGGGAGAGGCCCUUCAGCUGCCCAGAGUGCAGGAAGGCCUUUACCCAGGUCUCCACCCUGCUGAGACACCAGCGUGUCCACGCCAGGGAGAUGUCCUUCAGCUGCCCCGAGUGUGGGAAGGCCUUCAGCAAUUCUUCCCAUCUGCUGACCCACCGGCGGGUCCACACGGGGGAAACGCCCUUCAGCUGCCCCGGACGUGGGAAGGCCUUCAGUGAUUCCUCCACCCUGCUGACCCACCAGCGGGUCCACAUGAGGGAAAGGCCGUUCACCUGCUCUCAAUGCGGGAAGGGCUUCAGGUAUUCCUCCCACCUUCUGACCCACCGGCGAGUCCACACGGGGGAGAGGCCCUUCAGUUGCCCCGAGUGCGGGAAGGCCUUCAGCACAUCCUCCACCCUGCUGAGGCACCAGCGGAUCCACACCGGGGAGAGGCCGUUCAUCUGCUCUCAGUGCGGGAAGGGCUUCACCUACUCCUCCCACCUGUGGAAGCACCAGCGAGUUCACGUGCCAAUCAGACCUGCUCACUCUCAGCAGGAUCCCAGUGUUGUGGAAGAUACUAACUUCCAGGUGGAGCACGGCAGGGAGGGGCUCUACACAUGUUUGUAUGCAGCUGAAGCUGUAGCCAUGGAGAAACCUGAGGAAUCUCGCCCUGUGGAGGAACCGUGGAAGUGUGGCGACUGUGGGAAAGGCUUCCGUGUCCCGUCUGCCCUGGAGAUUCAUCGGCGCAGUCACACCGGGGAGAGGCCAUUCUCCUGCCCUGUCUGCGGGAAGGCCUUCAAACAUUCCUCCCACCUGUUGGCCCACCAGCAGAACCACACGGGGGAAAGGCCCUUCAGCUGCCCAGAGUGCGGGAAGGCCUUCAGCACAUCCUCCCAUCUGCUGACCCACCAGCGGGUCCACACGGGGGAGAGGCCCUUCAGCUGCCCCGAGUGCGGGAAGGCCUUUACCCAGGCUUCCACCCUGCUGACCCACCAGCGGGUCCACACGGGGGAGAGGCCCUUUAGCUGCCCCGAGUGCGGGAAGGCCUUUACCCAGGCUUCCUCCCUGCUGAGGCACCAGCGUGUCCACACGGGGGAAAGGCCCUUCAGCUGCCCUAAGUGUGGGAAGGGCUUCAGACAUUCCUCCACCCUACUGACCCACCAACGGGUCCACACGGGGGAGAGGCCGUUUACUUGCUCUCAGUGCGGGAAGGGUUUCACCUGCUCCUCCCAUCUGCUGACCCACCAGCAGAUCCACACGGGGGAGACGCCCUUCACCUGCUCUCAGUGUGGGAAGGGCUUCAGGUAUUCCUCCCACCUGCUGAGGCACCAGCGAGUCCACACAGGGGAGAGGCCAUUCAGCUGCCCCGAGUGUGAGAAGGCCUUCAGCAAUUUCUCCACCCUGUUGGCCCACCAGCGGGUCCACACGGGGGAGAGGCCAUUCACCUGCUCUCAGUGCGGGGAAGGCUUCACCUGCUCCUCCGCCCUACGGAGCCACCAGCGGGUCCACACGGGGGAGAGGCCCUUCAGCUGCCCAGAGUGUGGGAAGGCCUUCAGCAAUUCCUCCCACCUGCUGACCCACCGACGGGUCCACACAGGGGAAAGGCCCUUAAGCUGCCCUGUGUGUGGGAGGGCUUUUAGCGAUUCCUCCUCCCUGCGGAGGCACCAGCGGGUCCACACGGGGGAGAGGCCGUUCACCUGCUCUCAGUGUGGAAAGGCCUUCAGUGAUUCCUCCCACCUGCUGACCCACCAGCGGGUCCACACCGGGGAGAGGCCCUUCAGCUGCCCUGAGUGUGGGAAGGCCUUCAGGAAUUCCUCCACCCUGUUGACCCACCAGCAGAUCCACACGGGGGAGAGGCCAUUCACCUGCUCUCAGUGCAGGAAGGGCUUCACCUGCUCCUCCGCCCUGCUGAGGCACCAGCGGGUCCACACGGGGGAGAGGCCCUUCAGCUGCCCUGAUUGUGGGAAGGCCUUUACACAGGCCUCCACCCUGCUGAGGCACCAGCGUGUCCACAUAGGGGAGAGGCAGUUCAGCUGCUCUCAAUGCAGGAAGAGCUUCAACUGCUCCUCCCACCUGCUGACCCACCAGCAGGUCCACAAGGGGGAGAGGCCCUUCACCUGCUCUCAGUGCGGGAAGGGCUUUAGGUAUUCCUCCCACCUGCUGACCCACCGGCGGGUCCACACGGGAGAGAGGCCCUUCAGCUGCCCCGAGUGCGGGAAGGCCUUCAGGUAUUCCUCCCAUCUGCUGACCCAUCAGCGGAUCCACACGGGAGAGAGGCCCUUCAGCUGCCCCAAGUGCGGAAAGGGCUUCAGCACAUCCUCCACCCUGCUGAGGCAUCAAUGGAUCCACACCGGGGAGAGGCCGUUCACCUGCUCUCAGUGCGGGAAGGGCUUCACCUACUCCUCCCAGCUGCGGAAGCACCAGCGAGUUCACGUGCCAUUGCAGGGGGAUUGAAGGAGUGAAGGCUGAGUGCCAUUAUCGAUUGGACUAUCAACCCAUUUCCGGGGACUCCCGGGUUUGAAUCCCGCCACGACAGAUGGCAGAAUUGGUAUUCGGUCAGAAAUGUGGAGUUCGAAAUCUAACAAUGAGACCAUUUCAGGGAGGGGGUGGUGCAGGGGAGAAAGCCCCCAUCUGAUUCCGUCUCUCCCUUGUUAGGGAAGAGAACCACCAUUGUGGGAAAGGAUUCACUCAGUCGUUCCAGGGGAGAAACUUACUUGGAGACAGAGUAUGCGUUGAAAUUGCUGAGUGAGGCAAUACUUCCUCCGGGUUACGACGGUACCAAGGAUCCAAUUACAAAGGGACAACUUGGUGCUGGCCAAUAUUAA